AUGAAGGAUCGACUAGCCGAUUUACAACGGGAGGUGAAUAAAGGUCGUACAUUAUCAGACCUACAUGAUAGCAUCACUGAGCAACAACAGUACUCAGGUGCUAAUGAAGAGGCAGCGCUUUUAUCCGACGAUCACUGGAAUAAUGUCGAAGCGUUUUUGUCGCGUGUCAAUGCGGUCUUGAAUGAUUUACAUGAGAUGGAAACAAUUUUUGAAGAAAUAAAAAUUAAGCACUCACAAGUGUUAAUUGAACCUGGUGUUCAUCCAGACUUCACCGAAGAAUUGAAUCGUGCUACAGAGUUAUUCAAGAUCAAAUCCUAUGCAACACAAAGUGCAGUUAAACAAAUGAAUAUGGAAGUGGAGAAAUUGAAAGGUGAUCCGAAAGAUCUGUCUGUGAAUGGCGUUGAUGCACGUAUCAAGCGGAAUCAGGUUAUGGCCUUAACAAAAAAAUUUCAAAAUCUUCUUCUAGCGUUCAGUCAGGAACAAAUAAGAUACAAAGAGAAAUCGAAACAAAAAAUUACAUCUUAUUUAACGUUGUCCGGUCGUAAUAUGCCUGAAGAAGAUAUUGAUAAAGCGAUAGAAAGUGGGCAGUUAUUCGAUUUCACGAAAGGACUGAUAUUAGCUGAACGUGACAAAAAAGCCUUAUAUGAUGAAGUGAAAAGUCGUCAUGAGGAUAUUGUGAGGUUAGAAGCAAGUAUCAGGGAGUUGCACGAUCUGUUUCAAGACAUGUCGAUGCUGUUGGAAAGUCAGGGUGAAAUGUUGAAUCAUAUUGAACGAAAUGUAGAAAGUGCGGUGGAAUAUGCAACUAGAGCAUUUACAAAUGUGAAACAAGCAAAAGAAUUUCAAGCGAGUACGAGAAAGAAGUUGAUCAACUAUUAA